UUCCUGCGGGAGGAGUACUACCGGGGCCGGUACUGCGCCGUCUGGCAAAACGUCACCCGCUGGGAGCAGAAGAAGAACGUCUACACCCUGUGGGUGACCAACUCCAGCUGCGGGGUGGCCCCCGUCCACUACGAGAUGCGGGGCUACAACAGCCUGCUGGGCUCCCACUACGACAAGUACGAGAUCUCCUACACCGACUUCGACAACAGCUUCCCCCCUUCCAUCUUUGACCUCCCCGUCAACGAGACGAAGAAGUGCGGGGUGCUGCCGGGGAGCUCGGCGGAGCACCGGGUGCUGGGGAACCCCAUGGAGGACCUGGUGGGACGGCACCAACCCUGGGCCCACGAGGUCUUCCACCACUACCGCCGGCGGUUGGGGCGGCGGUACGGCGCCGUCACCCCCGUGAAGGACCAGGCUGUCUGCGGGUCCUGCUGGGGCUUCGCCACGACGGGCGCGAUGGAGGGUGCCCUCUUCCUCAAGACCGGCGUGCUGACCCCCCUGUCCCAACAAGUCCUCAUCGACUGCUCCUGGGGCUUCGGGAACUACGCCUGUGAUGGGGGCGAGGAGUGGCGAGCCUACGAGUGGAUCAAGAAACACGGCGGCAUCGCCAGCACCGAGUCCUACGGCACCUACAAGGGACAGAACGGUUUGUGCCACUACAACCAGUCUGAGAUGCUGGCCAAGAUCACGGGCUACGUCAACGUCACCUCGGGGAACAUCACGGCCGUCAAAGCUGCCAUCUACAAGCACGGCCCCGUGGCCGUCAGCAUCGAUGCCUCCCACAAGACCUUCUCCUUCUACUCCAACGGCAUCUACUACGAGCCCAAGUGCGCGAACAAGCCAGGAGGGCUGGACCACGCCGUGCUGGCCGUGGGCUACGGGGUCCUGCAGGGAGAGACCUACUGGCUCAUCAAGAACUCCUGGUCCACGUACUGGGGCAACGAUGGCUACAUCCUCAUGGCCAUGAAGGACAACAACUGCGGCGUGGCCACCGCCGCCUCCUUCCCCAUCCUGGCCUGA